AGGUUGCUGUCAACUGUCAAGAGAGAACCAAGAAGCCCUAAACAUGUUGUCGCACACAACACAUGGAUCAUGGGUUGUUGGUUGUUGCAUGCAGCAGUACAAUCUGUCAGGACUUCAACCAGCUUCUUCAAACGCUGGACAACGCAAUCAGACUGCUAUGGCCCUAGAUAUGACCAAAGAACGAAUCCGUAAACUGUUCAGCAACGUUCAACUUUCUGUGUCACCAUAUGACACAGCAUGGGUAGCCAUGGUCCCUUCUCCAAAAUCUCCCAUGUCUCCUUGUUUCCCUGAGUGCCUAAACUGGGUGAUGGAUAAUCAGCUUAAUGAUGGUUCAUGGGGUCUUCUUCAUCCCAAUCUCUCAUCCCCAUUACAUAAAGAUACUCUUUCCUCAACUUUAGCUUCUAUUGUUGCAUUAAAAAAAUGGAAUGUUGGGGAACACCAAAUUGACAAGGGUCUAGCUUUUAUCGAGUCAAAUUUGGCCUCAGCUACUAACAAGAAUCAACCAUCUCCAAUUGGUUUUGACAUUAUUUUCCCCCAUAUGCUUCAGUAUGCACAAGAUUUGGACAUAAAGCUCCCUCUAAAACAAAAAGAUUUGAAUCUGUUGCUACAUGAAAGAGAAUUGGAGCUGAGAAGAUGCCAUUCAAAAGAGAGGGAAGCAUACUUGGCAUAUAUUUCAGAAGGACUGGGUAAUUUUUAUGACCGGAAGAUGGUGAUGAAAUACCAGAUGAAGAAUGGUUCUAUUCUCAACUCACCUUCAGCAUCAGCUGCUUCAGUUAUUUAUCAUCCAAAUUCAGGCUGUCAUCAAUAUCUAACUUCACUUUUGCAAAAGUUUGGUAAUGCAGUUCCAACAAUUUACCCUCUUGAUCUAUAUGCCCGACUUUACAUGGUUGACCAACUUGAAAGAUUGGGAAUCUCGCAACAUUUCAUGGUCGAAAUCCGAGCUGUUCUAGACCAAGCAUAUAGUUAUUGGAUGCAGAAGGAUGAGAAAAUAUUCAUGAAUGCUGGGACUUGUGCUCUAGCCUUUCGGCUAUUAAGGGAAUAUGGGUAUCAAAUUUCAUCAGAGCCGUUGGCUAAAAUCAUUAAAGAGGGGUCUUACAUGAGUUCACAUGAAGAGCCUUUUGAAGACACACAUGCAGCUUUUGAAGCUUAUCUGGCAUCUCAGAUUAUAUACCAAGAUGAAUUGCCUUUUGGAGAACUAAAUUUGUUGUCGGCUGAUUUCCUUAAAAGGGAAAUAUCCGCCAUGCCAAACAUGCUCUCUAAACAUCUCUACAAACAGGUGGAGCAUGCUUUUAAGUUCCCUUUUAAUGCCAGUUUAGAACGUGUGUCAACUAGAAGAAAUAUACAAAAUUACAAUGUGGAUGACACAAGAACUUUGAAAACUACAUAUUGUUCAUCAAACUUUGGCAACCAGGAUUACAUAAGGCUGGCAGUGGAAGAUUUUAAUUCACGCCAGUCUAUUAAUCGUGCAGAAUUUAAAGAUCUUGAAAGAUGGGUGGUAGAGAAUAAAUUGGACAAGAUCAAUUCUAGGCAGAAAAUGGGCUACUGUUACUUCUCUGGGGCUUCAGUUCAUUCUUCUCCUGAACUAUCUGAUGCCCGAAUUACAUGGGCCAAAGCUAGCUUUCUUGUCAUCAUCUUGGAUGACUUUGUUGAUGUUGAAGGUUCUGUGGAUGAACUGGAGAACUUGAUUCAGUGUGUUGAAAAAUGGAAUGUAAAUGUCAACACUGAUUGUUGUUCAGAAGAGGUUAAGAUUAUGUUCUUGGCAAUAAAAGAUGUAGUGUCUUGGAUAGGAGACGCAGCUUAUAAAUGGCAAGAACGGGAUGUAACAAGUCAUGUUAUACAAUGUUGGUUGAAGUUGCUGUAUAGUUUCUUAAAAGAAACUAAAUGGGCGAGAUAUGGUGUGGUGCCAACAACGAAUGAAUAUAUAGAAAAUGGCUACGAAUCAUUCACGUUGGGCACAUUUGUACUCUCUUCUCUUUACUUUAUUGGGCCAAAACUUUCAGAUGAUGUUGUUCAAAGCUCGGAAUAUCACAACUUAUACGAGCUAAUGAGCACUCAUGGCCGCCUAAUCAAUGACAUUAGAACCUUCAAGAGAGAAUUGAAGGAUGGCAAACUCAAUGCUGUUACAUUGCACAAGAAUUAUGGAAAGAGUGGGAUUAAGGAAGAAGAUAUUGUAGAAGAGAUUAAGAUGAUGAUUGAUAAUCUGGAGAAAAAACUGAUGCAAUUAGUUCUGGAAACAAAGGAAAAUGGUGUCCCCAAAGCAUGCAAGGAUGUAUUUUGGAAGAUGUUAUGUGUGGAUAACUUUUUUUAUGAAAAAGAUGAUGGGUUCACUCGAAAUGACAUUCUUGAUACCGUGAAGGAAGUCAUUUAUGAACCAGUAUCCAUGCUUAUGAAUCCAACCAAAUAAUCCUUGAAGGAUAACGUUAUAAUGCUCUUAUAUGUUUGUAUGAAGCAUCUACAUGCGAAUUACACAACUUAUAUAGCAACUGAAUGGCAUAACUACUUUUGUUUUUUUUUUUUUUUUGUCACAACUUUAUUUAACAAUCUUGGAUAUUGAGGAAACAAUCUUUUUAGACGUAUCAAUAAAAGGUGAAUUUGGAGA